AUGUCGACUUUUCUUUAUUCUAUCGGGCCAAAUUUAGUAGUAUCUCCAUCCCCAGGCAGAACAAGAAUAAGCACUGUGAACCCAGUUUUUCAAAGAGCCAAUUUCAGCAGUUUCUCUACACAUAAACCCUUAUUUAGGGGCAGUCUUGGGUUGGCCCGAUUUGGCCUCGGCCAGUUGCCGUCUCCUGACCCAGAAAACGCCGAGCUGCUUUUCAGAGAUUUGAUUGGCAGAGUUGAAGGGUUUCUUUACACUAUUGCUGACGCUACAGUCACUUCUUCGGAUACAGUUGAUGCGGUUAGUACAAACAGGCAGAGCAGCGACUGGCUUUCUGGGAUUACCAAUGUCAUGGAAGUUGUACUGAAGGUUCUUAAAGAUGGACUUUCCACUCUUCACGUCCCUUAUGCGUAUGGUUUUGCCAUCAUUUUACUGACAGUUCUUGUUAAGGCUGUUACUUUUCCUUUGUCAAAGAAACAGGUGGAAUCGGCAAUGGCCAUGCAAUCUUUGGCACCUCAGAUAAAGGCUAUUCAGGAAAGAUAUGCUGGAAAUCAGGAGAAAAUACAAAUGGAAACAGCUCGAUUGUACAAACUGGCUGGCAUAAAUCCACUGGCAGGAUGUCUUCCUACUCUUGCUACCAUCCCCAUAUGGAUUGGGCUCUACAGAGCUCUUUCAAAUGUAGCCGACGAGGGACUUCUAACUGAGGGGUUCUUCUGGAUACCCUCACUCUCUGGGCCCACGACUAUUGCUGCUCGGCAAACUGGUAGUGGUACUUCAUGGCUUUUCCCGUUCAUUGAUGGUCACCCUCCCUUGGGAUGGUCAGAUACUUUUGCAUAUCUCAUCUUGCCUCUGCUUCUGGUUAUUACACAGUAUAUUUCUGUACAGAUCAUGCAACCCCCACAGAGCAAUGAUCCGAAUGUGAAGAGUUCCCAAGCCAUAACCAAACUGCUACCGUUGAUGAUUGGCUAUUUUGCUUUGUCAGUUCCAUCUGGUUUAAGCCUUUACUGGUUCACAAACAACAUCCUAAGUACAGUUCAACAGGUAUGGUUUCGGAAAUUGGGUGGCGCCAAAAAUCCAAUCAUACAAAAAUUCAGUGAUAAGAGUGUAAAAAAUGAGCAACCGGCAGCUAUGAAAGCCAUAUCUGAAGCACCGGCUGCUACAACGGUAGUCGAAAAAGAAGAGAAACUGACUACAGAGGGGCUUCGUCCGGGUGAAAGGUUUAAACAACUAAAGGAACAAGAAGCUCAAAGGAAAAAGCAAAGAGAGGAAGAGAGAAUAAAAGCUGAGGAGGUAGUUGCGCAGGGAAGUCGAAUAACAAAUGGCGAAGUAAAUGAAGAUGACUCUCAACUAGAGAGAGAAGAUAGUCACGAUGCCACAUCCUCUGGUCCUUAUUUCGGGAACAAUGAUGACCUUUCCUCCAGCGUUGAUGGAUUUGCUGUGAAUGGUAAUAGUGUCAACUCAUCAGUGAAGGAUGGAAAUCCUGAAAUUUCAGUUGAUUACAAGAACGAAAGAAAUAAAUUGCAACUGGACAAAAAUUUAGAAAAGAACGAAGAUGACUUCCAGAAAAAGGAUUCAUACUGA